AUGAACCAAAUACGAGCGAUUCAGGCGUUGAACAAGAAAGAGAUUGAAAAUGGAGUCUCCCCCGAAGCCUCAUGGCAUACCGACUACCGCGACACGGCGUACAUUUAUUUUGGCGGCCUACCGUACGAACUCUCCGAAGGCGAUGUCAUCACAAUCUUCUCACAAUUCGGUGAGCCUGUGUUCUUGAAACUCGUCCGCGAUAAGGAAACGGGCAAGUCCAAGGGAUUCGGGUGGCUCAAAUAUGAGAACCAAAGGAGCACCGAUCUCGCCGUGGACAAUCUCGGCGGCGCGGAAGUCGGCGGGCGACUUCUGCGCGUGGACCAUGCAAGGUACACUAUGCGCGACGACGAAGACCAGGAUGAGUUCAAGGUGGGCUGGGAGGACCUCCAGCGCAAACAAGGCAGGGCAGUGUCCGAGGACGAGAGCAGCGAGGACGAAGCGCCGCAACGGCCGAUGCUGCAAGAAGAGCGCGACCUCGCAAAGCUGAUACACGAACAUGACGACGACGACCCGAUGAAGGCGUUCCUCAUCGAAGAGAAGAAAAAGGAGGUGGAAGAGGCGCGCGAGAAGGCCGACAGGAAGGAGGCUAAACACAAGCACCGCUCCCACAGGUCACACAGGUCCCGGCAUGGCGACGACGACAAGAGGCGCUCUCGUCGCGGUGAAGAGCAUUCCGAGCGUCGUCACCGUCAUCAAAGCGACUAUAACAGCGACGGACGUCGUGACGAUGACAGACGUCGUGACGAUGAUGACGAGCAUCAGACCGCAGCCGAGGCAGAGGAAAGCGCGAUCGAGAACGAGACGCAGACCAUCGGCACAGGAGGCACACAAGCAAGGAUCGAGAGUCAGAGAGGGACUACAAACGACGAAGGCGGAGUCGUUCCCCAAGACGGCGUGAAACAUGAGGAAUAA